GAGAGAGAGAGAGAGAGAGAGAGAGAGAGAGAGAGAGAGAGAGGGCAUGGAUUACACAUCUUUGUUGCUGUGGAUUUCUCUUGCAUGGUCAUGCAUCCAUGUCGUCCUGCUUCUAUCAAGAAAGAGGCCACGCCGUGGCAACCUCCCACCUGGCCCCAUCCCUCUCCCAAUCGUCGGAAGCCUCUUCAAACUUGGCAACAGACCCAAUGAAUCGCUGGCCUAUCUUGCCAAGCUUCAUGGCCCACUCAUGACUCUAAAGCUCGGCCGUGUAACAACGGUGGUGAUUUCCUCUGCCAAGAUGGCCAAAGAGGUCCUCCAGAAGAACGACCAGGCGUUUGCUGGUAGAACUGUCGUGGAUGCCGUUCGAGUACUUCAUCAUGACGAAGCCUCAAUGGUAUGGUCACAACCAAAUCCUCAUUGGAGAAAUCUCCGAAUGAUGUGCAACACACAUAUAUUCACCACCCAACGGCUGGACACCAGCCAAGGACUCCGGCGACAGAAGGUGCAAGAGCUUGUAGCCCAUGUCCGUGAGAACUCUCGGACUGGACAUGCGGUGGACAUCGGCCAAGCUGCCUUCAAUACCACACUUAAUUUAAUAUCAAACACUGUCUUCUCUGUUGAUUUGGUGGACCCCAAGUCCAAAUCCGCGCAGGAAUUCAAGGAUCUUGUGUGGAGGAUCCUGGAAGAGGCUGGAAAGCCAAAUCUUUCAGACUAUUUCCCAUUGCUCAGGUCCAUCGAUCCCCAAGGCAUAAGACGCCGGUCAAAGGAUUAUUUCAGAAAAUUACAUUUGCUUUUUGAUCGAAAGAUCGAUCAACGUCUACCACUUAGAUCAUCACCGGAUUAUUGCAAAAGGAAUGAUUUCCUCGAUGUGCUUCUUGAUCAUAGUCACGCCACCGAUCGCCAUGAUAUCAAAGCGUUGCUUACGGACAUAUUCGUCGCCGGGAGUGAUACAACCUCGACCACGCUGGAAUGGGCAAUGGCCGAGUUGCUACGCAACCCACAUACCAUGGCCAAGGCACGAUCCGAGGUGAUUGAAACCAUCGGCUCAGAACAACAAGUACAAGAGUCAGACAUCUCUCGCCUCCCUUACACACAAGCAGUAGUAAAGGAAACCCUGCGCCUGCAUCCACCAGUUCCUCUCCUCAUCCCCCAUAGAGCUGAAUCCGAUGUGGAGAUAUGUGGGUUUACUGUACCAAAACACACUCAAGUGCUAGUGAAUGCCUGGGCCAUCGGCAGAGAUGAUGAUGCUUGGACGGACCCCACUUCAUUUGUUCCUGAACGGUUCUUGGAUUCACACGUAGAUUUUAGGGGCCGAGAUUUUGAGCUUAUACCGUUUGGCGCGGGUCGUAGGAUCUGUCCUGGAUUGCCACUUGCCUAUAGGAUGGUGCACUUGAUGUUGGCUUCCCUUCUCCAUUCGUUUGCAUGGAAGCUUCCAGAUGGGAUGAGUCCACAAGAAAUGGACAUGAGUGAUAAGUUCGGUGUCACACUGCAAAUGGCGGUCCCCCUUCGGGCUAUCCCCGAGCAAGACAAUGGAUGCUUCUAGGCAUGAUGACGAGUUGUAGUUCCUUGGCACUUGUGAGCAUAGGCUCCAAGUUGCAAUAGCUUUGAAAGGCCUGGUACUUAGGCCCACUUCUUGAUGUUUGUGUUCUGCUUUGCGUGCUCCUGCGGGACACCAUACUCUUAAUGUCAUUAGUGCUUUCUAAUAAUAAAAAUACAGGUUAGAGUGGGUUUCACCCCUGC